UACGCAGCCUCACACACGGACACACACCUCUUUGCAAGCUCCAUCACCGACAACGGUCAAACUUCUGCCGCUACUUUAUAUGCUGAAUGAAACCCAAACGCGGCAUUCAUAACGGCUGUUAAAUAAUUUUGAUUUCGGGACUUUAACGAUUUAUGAUGCUUAAGCAACGUGUUCGUCGAGAGACGCGGACAAGAGGAAGACCGUCCUAUGAUAGACUCAUGAAAACAUUAAAUGUACAAGGCAACAUGCAUUAAUCUGUUGGACUUUCAUAAUCGAAACACUUUAACUAACUUUUUAAUACGGGUUGUGCUGUAAUGACCCUAGACACGAAAUCGUAAACCACAUUGGGAGUUCCUAACAUAGGACAGCUUUUUUUGUUUAUAUUGACAAAAAGAAAAGACGGCUAGGAUUAUAUAAACUUGACUACUGGAAGAAAUGCUCAAACUCACGCAGAUAGAUGCAAGUUAAAUGGAGUAAACUGAAGAAAUAUUGUCAUUGACUUUGUAACUGUAUGGAAUACGCAUUGGACUUCCAGUUUCUGAAAGCAUGCUAAAAUAAACUCCUGAGGACGAGACCUACAAAAGAAAGAAAGCGGCUGACCUCCUCCUCCUCCUCUGGGCGUUUGAGGUGAUUUUGUGUGGAUGGUGAUGGUUGAUGGUGAAGUAGUUAAUUGCGGAGUCCGUCCCUCAUUUCCAUAUCAGUGUGUCCACUGGAGCUCGGCCAAUCCAAUGCAUCAUUUACUAUCAUAAUGACACAUCUACACAACAGCAGAUAAUUUUCGUUAUUUUGCCGCUCGACUUUUUGACUAGAUUUUUUUCAGUGCGUUUCUGCUGAUGUAUGUGAAGGAGGAAGAUCUUUUGCAGAAGAAUGUCCCGUCGGAAGCAAGCGAAGCCGCAGCAGCUCAGAUCGGACGAGGACCCACUUAUGGAGCUGCUGCCCGAUCACGUCUCAGGUGAAACGGUGGAUGAUUCCGACAGUGGAAAUGAGAGCCGCAGUGGGAGUGAAGAGACCCAUGUUUGUGAAAAAUGUUGUGCUGAGUUCUUUAAGUGGUCUGACUUCUGUGAACAUCUAAAGAGCUGUACUAAGAACCCACUAGUGCUAAUUAUCAGUGACAAUGAAGUGACUUCAGACCCAGCACAGGAGUACUUUGAUGAGUCGUCACCUGUGCCUAGCUGCACCAGUGAGCCUGCUGACAGUGAGGAUGCAGGCGAGGGAGGCCACAUUCCUACUGAAGCUGAUGAACAAACGGAGAUGAUGCUGGAGCAGGGUGCUGUCGUGGACAAGGAGGAUGAGCCAAUAGAAAUGGAAUUGUCUCCUGAGAAACCCAUACACUCUGAAAAUCUAGAUACAUUAGCAGAGCAAAACAUCUGCCUACCUCAACUGGAAGACCACAGACAGUCAUCUGGGGCAGAAUACACUAUACCCAGCACCAAUGUCACACUGGAAACACUGCAUGGAACCCGCGUGGCUGUGGCCCAGUUCUCUCAGAGCACCCGAGAAGCAAUUGCUAGGGGAAUGUCACCUAUGGCUAUACCUAUGAUUCUUGACCAGCUUAUGGCCUUGCAGCAACAACAAAUUCACCAGCUUCAAUUGAUAGAGCAGAUUCGGAGCCAGGUGGCACUAAUAAACAGACAGCCCCCUACACAGUCAGCACUUAACCAUAAUGAACACAGCACAAAUGCUGGUUUACCAGUAACUUCGUCUCCUUGUAUAUCCACAAUAUCUGGCCAGCUCCAGCUAGGUGGCUUCAUUACACCACCUGUGCAUCAGCUUCCUAUAAAGGUAACCUCCAAUAUAAAUGGCCAGGUGUCUGUUUCUUCAGCUAUGGAGGAGGCUCGCUCCAGUGUUCCUCAGACAUGUCCCAUUACCAGUUCUGCGAUGAGCAGCAAUAUCACAACAAAUUCCUCAUAUCCUACAACCAGCUGUAAUGUGGUUUCCUCCCAAAUACCACAAUGUUCGGCAUCUAGUAGCAACAUUAGUAGCAGCAGUGCCUGCAUCAGUAGUAGCACAGGAACUGGGGGUGCAGUAAGUUGUGGUAUUUCACUGCCAAGAACCACACCUAGUCCUCUAAUGCUGAAUCACGGCAGAUUGCUAUCAUCCCCCUCCAACCUCCCUCUCUUACCGCACAGCUCAACCAACAGUGUUAUCUUCCCUAAUCCUCUGGCCAGUAUUGCAGCUACAGCAAAUGCUCUCGAUCCUCUUUCCGCCCUAAUGAAACACCGCAAAGGAAAGCCUCCAAAUGUCUCUGUGUUUGAACCCAAACCCAGUGCAGAAGAUACCUUUUUCAAACAUAAGUGCAGAUUUUGUGCAAAAGUGUUUGGAAGUGAUAGUGCCCUCCAAAUCCAUCUUCGUUCCCAUACUGGUGAAAGGCCUUUCAAAUGCAACAUUUGUGGAAAUCGUUUUUCCACAAAAGGAAACUUGAAGGUCCAUUUUCAGAGACACAAAGAAAAGUAUCCUCACAUCCAAAUGAACCCCUAUCCAGUGCCUGAGUAUUUGGACAAUGUACCAACCAGCUCAGGUAUUCCUUUUGGCAUGUCAUUGCCCCCAGAAAAGCCUGUUACCACGUGGCUGGAUAGCAAGCCUGUUUUGCCUACAAUUCCAACCUCAGUAGCAUUGCAACUACCAUCAACUAUACCCAGCAUUGUAGGAAGCUAUGGGGAUUCAGCUAGUCUUACUCCUUCAUCCAGAUCACCUCUAAGGCCAUCACCUCCAUCAAGUGAGUGUACAUCUUUGUCUCCUAAUCGUGUAAUUGCUGAGACUAGCAUUCCACACAUUACUAGUUCACCUCAAUCUAGUGUAGUGAGUGACACCCCUCCAGUUCUUAGAUCUGAAGCUAUUCAUUUACCAUCCAACUGUACCACUAGUUUAUCCACCACUUCUAUACCCCAAGUACUUCCUUCAUCCACUAUCACAGCCACAACUACCACCAGAACACCAAUCACAGACUCAGUGAAUACUCUUACUUCUCUUACGCAUUCCUCCCUACAAAUGGUCUCUGAUCAGUUUAAAGCCAGAUUUCCUUUUGGUGGCCUCCUGGAUUCUAUGCAAACAUCAGAGACCUCAAAGCUACAGCAACUGGUGGAAAAUAUUGAUAAGAAAAUGACAGACCCCAACCAGUGUGUCAUUUGUCAUCGUGUGCUUAGUUGUCAGAGUGCUCUAAAAAUGCACUAUCGUAUACAUACAGGAGAACGACCUUUUAAAUGUAAGAUUUGUGGCCGUGCUUUCACAACCAAGGGUAAUUUGAAAACACACUUUGGGGUUCACAGGUCCAAGCCUCCUCUCCGGGUACAGCACUCUUGCCCUAUAUGCCACAAAAAGUUCACCAAUGCCGUAGUUCUGCAGCAACAUAUCCGCAUGCAUAUGGGGGGACAAAUUCCUAACACACCUCUGCCUGAGGGAUUUCAGGAAAUGGAAAAAAGUCUGUCUUUUGAUGAGAAAAGCAUAGAUGACUUAAGUAACUAUGACGAAGAGCUAAUUGAUGAGAUGGAGCAAGAAAUGGAGGAUGAUAUAGGUUUUAAAGAUGGGGAUAUGGACCCACUCAAACAACUCCAAACAUACACAGAAAUGUCUCCAAGCAGUUCCCCCCCAACCUCUCUUACCUCUAGCAUUGUUACCUCAGACAAUGAAAUGAAGCUCACUGACUCAACAGUUAGCAUGACCUAUUCCUUCAUUCUAAAGCCUCCAGAAAACGGUAGUGGUGCUGAUAAGGAAAAUGGAGAUGUGUUUAGGAAUGACUCAUUAUCAACUAUGGGAGACUUGGAGAAUCACAGUGUUGGGAGUCCAGCACAUUCUGAAUCAUCAGCCUCUAUGCAGGCUCUGUCUCCUGUCCAUAGCCAGUCUGAAAGUCACCUCUCUAAGUCCCCAAGUCACGUAAACAGCUGCAACAAGGAUGAGGCUCAAAAUCCCACUGCAGUGAAUGUGACAGUGAAGUCUGAAAAAUCAGACACCCCAUCUCCUGGAUCAGAGAACUUAACUGCAUUAGAUCUUACUGCCACACCGCCUAACAGGCCUUUUUUCAAGGAUGAAAAUCACUUCAGUUCACUGUUUUUGGGGAGAGACAGAGGUUUAAACAGCCCAAGCAUGAUGACUUCAGAACCAAGCAUUGUCAAACUUGAGAUGAAUGGGCAUGGUAAGCCACUGUCCUUGAAUGAUGGCCCCCACCUAUCACUGGGGUUCCAGGCAGCUGCUGCAGCUCCUCAGACAACAAUUAGCCCCAACCUCACUCCAAUGCUUGCACCACCACCACCUCGUCGGACCCCAAAACAACACAACUGCCACUCCUGUGGGAAGAAUUUUUCAUCAGCCAGUGCUCUUCAGAUCCAUGAGCGUACCCACACAGGAGAAAAACCCUUUGGCUGUUCUAUCUGUGGUAGAGCUUUUACCACAAAGGGAAAUCUUAAGGUGCACAUGGGAACCCACAUGUGGAACAAUGCACCAGCCCGCCGCGGAAGACGGCUCUCAGUUGAAAACCCAAUGGCUCUUCUGGGGGGAGAUGCUAUGAAGUUCAAUGAGAUGUUUCAGAAAGAUCUGGCAGCACGAGCAAUCAACGUAGACCCAGGCUUUUGGAAUCAGUAUGCUGCAGCCAUCACCAAUGGGCUGGCACUGAAAAACAACGAGAUCUCCGUUAUUCAGAAUGGAGGCAUUCCUUCAGUUCCUAUCAGCCUAGGAGGGGGGGGCAUUCCCAUUGUUGGUGGAAUGGCAGGAGGACUAGAGAGGUCUCGCACUGGCAGUAGCCCUCCAAUGGCUGGACUUGAUAAAAUGAACCUAGAAACAGCAACUGGACGUCCCUUUUCCAAAUUCAUGGAGGAAAACAAAGAAAUUGGGAUAAAUUAAAGAUUUUUUGUUUAUAAAGGGAUACAGACAAAAGACUGAUAAGUGAAUUAAAAUUCAUAUGUACUAUAUUAUGUACAGAAGUCUGAUAUCCUGUUUAGUUUUGGAACUCUAGUAUUUAGUACCUUAUUUUAUUCAUACAAAAAUAAAUCUUUGUGUCUCAUUUAAAAAUCUUUUGUCUUGCAAGGUUUGCAUGGUACUUAUUGGUUUCUAUCAGUAUGUUUCCUUGUAGAAUGGCACCCUGACUAAUAUAUGUAAUUGUUGGUUGACAUAGGAAAAACAACAAAAAAUGAAAUGUCAAAAAGCAAUUCAUAGGUGUACAAACACCACCUGUUUGACGCACAUGAAGGGAAAUGUAAAAUGUUUAUGAAUUCUAAAAGUGUCUUUGAGAGCUUUUUUCAUUUAUGACCUAAACUCUUGAUGGGAAAAAUUGUUUAAUCUUUUACAGAUUUCUUCUGCCAUUGUCUUAUAUUACAUUGUCCUGUGUCUUUAGUAUUUAUGAUAUAAAAACGGGUAUAUAUUUAAUGGCCCUGGGGCCAUUAAAUGGCCCCAAUAAAUCCAUUUUAUUAUUUUUUGUUUUUAAAUGGAAUCAAACUUUAAUUCUAAAUAUCUCUUUUUUCGUCUUACCAGUGCAAACAUAUUGUGACGUUUUUGGGAUAUCUAGCAUGCAUUUGUGUAACAGAUGUGCUACACAAUGGGACAGCUAUGGUAUCUAAAGCUGCUACACUCACAAGCCUGGUUUUAACGUUUGUAAUAAAAUUAAACAGAUUUACAAAAAACAUUACUGUAUACAGAUUACAAACACGACUGGUAUGCGUAUUUUGUAACACAUCACAAAAGGUAUGUUGAUUUGAAAUUUGUCAUGUUUGUGAAUGCACUUUUUAGAGGAAUGGUCUUGUCUGUGAGAUUGUAUUAACAUAGGGACUGAGGUAUGUGUAACUCUUUUUCCUUGUUUGCUUGUGGGGUUUGUAAAUGUGGGUUAUGACUGUGGGACAGAAGUACAAGCUUUUGGUUCCUGCACCACAAUCUCCAGACUUUAUGUCCAACCGAUAUCUAAAUAAAAUGAGAACAGAUUUGAUCUGUUUAUUGGUGGCUCUGUUUCUACAUUUUAUGAAUGCUUAUCCACAUACUUGCUUCUUGUUUCUUUAUACAUAUUUUAGCAAUUAGCAUUAAACAAGAAUAUCCACCAAGGUGUGAAAAAUUCUGAUCAAAAACAGAUCUGUGGCCAGUCACAGAUGUAACAAAAAUAAUUUUCACUGAAGUCUGCAUUUUAAUAGACAUUAAAUAAACAAUUUAUUUGUUAAUAUACUUUAAAAUUAAGGCUUUUUCAAGAAUUAUGUUUAAUUUCCUAUUCUGAUUCAUUCAGUUUUAUAUGCAGUACAUCACUUUUUCCAAUGGCAUUAAUUCCAUUUCCAUUAAUUCAAGCAUUUAAAUUUUACACAAUAGAAAUCAUCUCAUGUGUGUUGUGUGUUAUACCAACAAUGGAUAUAAGCAAUAUAAGAGGCAGAUUUUGCUACUGGACUGCUAAAUUAUUACAUAUUGUGAUAUAUCAUGACAUUUCUGUUUAAGGUUUUGAGAAACCUUUCAUGUUAUUAUUAAGUAGUCCCAUUUAAAGCUUCAAGAAAAAUGAAACAAUGUUUGAUUAUAAACAGCUUAUGAAUAAAUAAUUUGAGAUGCUAAUCUUAUUUUAUUCGAAAGCCCAGAAAAUAUUUCCAAAAAGAUUUUGGGUUCAUACUGAAGUUAAGAUAAAUGUCGGAUUGUUGAGUGUAAAUGUACUUAUAGAAAAUCAAUGUUCAUUUUUAUUUUCCCAUUUCUGUGUUCCAGCUCACCCCCAUCCCCCUGUACAUUAACCAUUUUUCACUCAGGAAAUUCUUUAGGAAUUCAUUAAUUUUCUGCUAUGCUUUUAUACAAAACACUGAGUUUGUUGCAUACCUCCUAAUACUGCAUUUAGUCAUUCCUGUACUUAGCCUGUAAUAAUGACUUUUUCCUCAGUGUUGGCAAAAAUAAAGACCUAUUGUUGU